CAAGGGCAGAUAACUCUAAAAGGACUAAUUGAUGUGAAACUGAAAGUGUUUCUAAGACAUGCACAUGUCUAUCUAGUAUAUUUGACAUCAGAGAAUCCUGAGGUUUCCCUAACUACAGUAAAAUGUCUGUCUGCAGAUUCUUUUUGGAAGGGCGGUGUAAAUACGGCGAAAGAUGUCGAUUUGAACAUCCAAGAGGGGGACAGAAUCAAGGAGUACAACGACAGCUGUUCGGUGGGGGUGGUGGAGGGGGAGGAGGAGGAGGAGGAGGAAGUCGUGUCACCUUCCGAGACAGUUUCGGCUCGAGUCAGAACACAAGCCAGUACAAGUGGACAGCCCAAGACAACAAACAACAAACAGGAAAUGUUGCUAGUGCUGAAGUUAUCACUGCUCUCCAGACUGAGAUUGAAGUAUGGUUGCAGUCCAAACAAUGGCCGUUCUCUUGUAUCUCCAUUGAGAAGGAUCUCCCCUGCCUCCCAGACUUUGAAGACAUCUCACCGGAGGAGCUGAGAUUCGAGGCCUAUGCAGCCAUCAAAGCAGGCAACAUCCAACCCUAUGUUGAAAAGGUUCGCCUGUUGUCAGUGGAUUACAACAACAAAAAGAAUCACCUCAAAAAUGCCAACCCAGCCCUCAAACAGAAGCUGAUGCAGUUUAUUGAACAACACCGGAAUAAGAAAUCACCAGGGGCGCAAGCAUCAUCUUUUGGGGGCAACAGUGCCUUUGGUGGAGGAGGAGGUGGAGGGUUUGGGAGUGGGACAGGUGGCAUCUUUGGCGCUUCAGCUGGGAAGUCAGGCAGUUCAUUUGGGCAGGCAGGCGGCUCCUCUAGUAUAUUUGGUGGUGGAUCAUCAUCAUCUGGCUCAGGAAAUUUGUUUGGGAAAUCCACAGCUCCCUCCUCGUCCAGUGGAAUGUUUGGUCAGAGUAGUGGUGGCUCAUCCUCAAUAUUUGGGUCAGCUCCUGCCACUUCUGCAUUUGGUUCCAGUUCCAGUUCCUCAUCGUCUGUGUUUGGUGGAGCAACAGGUGCAGGAACUACUUCUACAGGGACGUUUGGGGGGUCAGGGUCGACAGGGGGGUUUGCUGGCAGCACUCAGACUGCGCAAACUGGUGGCUUUGGUGGCAGUGGUGGGACUGGGUUUGGAUCUGGUGGAGCUUUUGCUGCAGGCAGAACAGGGGGAGGGUUUGGGAGCAGUGCAACCACUGGUGCAUUUGGGAGUUCAGGUGGACCAUUUGCAAGUAGCCCAGCUGGCAGUGGUUUUGGUGGUGGGGCUACAUCCACCUCAAGUGGUUUUGGUGGUGGGUCUACAGCCACCUCAAGUGGUUUUGGUGGUGGGUCUACAGCCACCUCAAGUGGUUUUGGUGGUGGGUCUACAGCCACCUCAAGUGGUUUUGGUGGUGGGUCUACAGCCACCUCAAGUGGUUUUGGUGGUGGUUCUGCUGGUACUGGUGGUGGCAUAUUUGGGGGAAGUGGAUUUGGCACUCAAACUGGGACAUCAAGUUUUGCAGGAACCACUGCAGGUGCAUCUGCUUUUGGUUCUACACAGCCUCCAAGUGGGGCAUUUGGCUCCCAACCAACACAAUCUAGUGCACCACCUAGUGGAUUCUUUAGUAGUCAAGGGCAGGCAACUGCAUCUGCACCAGCACCUGCACCAACACCAGCAAAUAACAAGUUGUAUACGCCAUUAGCAGACUUGACUGAGGAAGAAAAGGCUCAGUUUUCAGCUCCAUCAUUUGUCCUGGGCAAAAUUCCAACCCGACCACCACCACAAGAACUUGUCAAUGGAACUGUGGGACGAUAACAACUGUGUAUAUGGGUCUGUUUCAUAUCAGCACUCCAGUCUUUGUCCAAGUCUUUGUGUGAAUAUUUCACUUUGUUAUUUGAUAUAUUUUUUUGAUCAAAUUGUUCAUUGUACAUGCUGCAGAUAAAUUCUUUAUAUUGC